UAAGUUAUCAGAGAUAAGUUAGUUCGUUAUUUAUCAGUUAUCACAAUUUGUGAAUAGUUAAAAUUCGUACUUUAAUUGCAGUAAGUAAAUAAUAAAAAAAGUGUGAAUAACUGCUGCCUUACUUUUAUGAAGUUUUUAUAGGUGCAAAAAUGGACAAUAUCGAUGAGUUACUACAAGACUUAGCGUUGGCUCUGAAACCUGAAGAAAAUCCUAGUUCUAAAAGUGAAAAUUUGAGACAAAUAUCUUUGCCACCUGACUUAAGGAAAGAAAGAAAUUUUAGUAAUACAAUCGCACAUGCGACGCCUCAAUCAAGCAAUGCAUUUAUCGCACCUAAUAUUAAACGGUAUCUAAAGAAUUCUGGAGAAUCAGAAAGGGUGAAAGAAAAGUUCAAUCAUGAAAUUGAUAACCUUGACCUUCCACCUCCACUACCUCCAUCACCACCACCUGUAUUAGAUGAUUCAUUAAGUAACCUGGAAUUGUCUGAUGCUCUUUACGAUAAACGGAACUUUACACCAUCAUCAGGGGCUCAUUGUGCAACUUUCAAUAAAUAUGGACAAGGGGCGAGUAGUCAAAACAAUAAUCUCUCACAGGGUCAAUUGGACCACGACGGAAAUUCUCGAGGGCAAGCCGGAAAUUAUGAUGGAAUUGAUACAGGAUCCGUUUCAGACCAUCAAACUACAAAAGACAUAAGGGACAAAACUGAUAGGGAGUAUAAUAGGGAAUCCAGUAGGGACAGCUUUACAAAUAUGUUAGUUGAUUUUAUGGAUGACAAAUAUAAACUGGAUGACAAUAAGAGUUAUGGAACUUGUGUAAAAUGUCAUAAAAAAGUAUUGGAUGCUGCCGAUGGAUGUACUGCCAUAAAUAAAUUGUACCACUAUAAUUGUUUUAAAUGUUACGUGUGUCGUAUAAAUCUGGAAGGGAAAUCUUUUUAUGCUGUUGGAGGUGAACCUUACUGUGAGGAUGAUUAUUUAGCAACUUUAGAAAAAUGUGCUAUAUGUCAGAAAGUAGUUACUGGGAAAUUGUUAAAGGGCAAGGAUCAAUUUUAUCACCCUGAAUGCUUUCGUUGUGUUGCUUGUGGUAAAACUCUUGCAGGGUUACCUUUCACUGCCAAUGAAGCGAAUGAUAUUUACUGCAUUGAAGAUUAUAGCAGGAAAUAUAUGCCCAAAUGUUGGGGAUGUAAACAACUAAUUAUUCCACCACCAGGCGAAGUAGAAGUAGUUAGAAUUAUCGCUAUGGAUCAUAGUUUUCAUAUUGAAUGUUUUAAAUGUGAGGACUGUGGUUUUGUUUUUUCCCAGAAAGGAGAAAGCGGAAGGUGUUACCCUAUUGAUGGCCGCCUACUUUGUCUAAAUUGUAAUACUAAACGAUCAGAAUAUUCUUCAACAUAGUUUAUAUAGGACAGUUUAAUAAUGUGAUUAUAUCUUUAGUUAUGUUAUUUUUGAUAUAUAAUUUAUAAUGCACUGUAAUAAAAUAUUUACUUAGUUAAAUUGUUAUUAAAUAAAUGGUGUAUCAAGUCGUUUGUUGUGCUAAUUGUUUAUAAAA